AUGGGGAGGAAUAACAUGCUUCACAACAUCAACCGCAUGCUCAAGGUGGUGCUUGAUGACGGGCGCGAGGUAUUGGGAAAGCUCUUAGUGUACGACCAGCACAUGAAUGUGGUGCUCAGCGACGCGACGGAGACGCGCCCGUUGACAAAUAAAAUGCGGGAGGAGGGGGUGAAUCCGACCCGAAGCCUAGGGCUCAUCCUCCUCCGCGGCGAGCACGUCGUUUCCGUUACCACGCUGAAAGCCGAAAAGGGUGAGGAAGCGGUGGCGGAGAAGAGUUUUGAGAAGGCACCCAAGUCAAAGAAGGCGGUCGCGAAACGCGCGAGGGAGGAAUAA